AUGCGAUCAUACUCCGACACACAACCACCUCGACACCCAGCCCCACCCCACACCAACCCCGACCCCACAACCACCCCGACACCCAGCCCCAGCCCCACCCCACACAAACCCAGACACCUAGCCCCACCCCAUAAACACCCCGACCCCACAACCACCCCGACACCCAGUCCCACCAAACAACCACCCGGAUCCCACACCAAACCCGACACCCAGACCCACCCCACACCAACCCCGACUCCACGACCACCCGACACCAGCCCCACCCCACACCAACCCCGACUCCACAACCACCCGGAUCCCACACCAAACCCGAUACCCAGCCCCACCCCGACACUUAGCCCCACCCCACAACCACCCCGACACCAGCCCUACCCCACCACCACCCCGACACCCAGCCCCACCCCACCCCACACCAACCCCGACUCCACAACCACCCCGACACCAGCCCUACCCCACCACCACCCCGACACCCAGCCCCACCCCACACCAACCCCGACUCCACCACCACCCCGACACCCAGCCCCACCCCACACCAACCCCGACUCCACAACCACCCCGGCACCAGCCCUACCCCACCACCACCCCGACACCCAGCCCCACCCCACACCAACCCCGACUCCACCACCACCCCGACACCCAGCCCCACCCCACACCAACCCCGACUCCACAACCACCCCGGCACCAGCCCUACCCCACAACCACCCCGGCACCAGCCCUACCCCACAACCACCCCGAACCUGA